AUGGAGGUCGCCGCACUGGGGGCCCUCACGCUGCUGCUGGGAGCACUGGUGCUGCUGGUGCUACUGGCGGUGACCAAGAGGAAGGAGGAAUCGGAGCACCCGGAGGACACGACCGUGGAGGAGAGCAGCACAGUGAAGCCGUCUGCAGUGAAGAAGCAGAAACCAGACAAACAGCAGCGACGGAGCAAAGACAAGAUCAUCCAGCACAGCUUCAGCCACCCCCUGCUCGCCGCCACGCUCAAGGCUCACAGUGGUCCCAUCACUUGCCUGGACUUCAGCAGUAAUGGGAAGUACCUGGCUUCCUGUGCAGACGACCGCACCGUUCGCAUCUGGUCGACCAAGGACCUGACAGAGCGCGAGCACAAGUGUGUGAGGGCCAACGUGGAGCUGGACCACGCCACACUGGUGCGCUUCAGCCCAGACUCGAAAGCCUUCAUCACGUGGCUGGCAAACGGAGACACAAUCCGCAUUUUCAAAAUGUCCAAGAAGGAGGACGGCUCUCUGAACUUCAAGGCUGCGGCCGAGGACUUUCCCCAAAGACACAAAGGAAGCAUCAUCAACAUCGGCAUCGCAGAGACCGGUAAAUUCAUCAUGAGCGCCUCGGCCGAUACCACCAUCCUCAUCUGGGACCUGAAGGGGGACGUCCUGGCCUCGCUCAACACCAACCAGGUCACCAACGCCUACGCUGCCGUGUCUCCCUGCGGCAGGUUCGUGGCCUCCUGUGGCUUCACUCCUGACGUGAAGGUGUGGGAGGUGUGCUUUGGGAAGGGGGGAGAGUUCCGGGAGGUGAUCCGAGCCUUCGACUUGAAGGGCCACUCCGCAGGGGUCCACGCCUUUGCCUUCUCCAACGACUCCCACAGGAUGGCGACUGUGUCCAAAGACGGGACGUGGAAGCUGUGGAACACGGACGUGGAGUACCGGCGGCAGCAGGACCCGUACCUCCUGAAGACCGUGUCGUGCCGCUCCUCUGAGGGCACGCGCGCCGCCCUGAGCCCUGACGGCCGCGUGUUGGCGCUGAGCGAGGCGUGUAACGUGUAUCUGUAUAACUGUGAGAGCGGCGAGCUGGAGGAGACCUUCCAGGGGGUCCACAGCUGCCCCCUCACAGACCUGCGCUUCGACACUAGCGGCCUGUUCCUCGCCUGCAGCGGGGACCGCGCCGUCAGGGUCCUGCACAACGCCCCCGGGCGCCGCGCCAACAUCAACCAUCUGAGGGCGCUGCUCAAGACUGCUCAGAGCGAAGCCAUGAAGGACAGACUCACACAACAGCUGCAGGAGGCCACCAGGGCCCUGGACUCUGUGAUGUCACAGGGACCGACCCAGGACUGA